CAGGGCAGGAAAAGUUUCUGAAGUGUCAUCCUCCAUUUUCUCCUUAGUUACACCAGCAACAUGAAACCAGGAAACCACACAUUGAGUGCUUCUGAAUUCCUCCUCCUGGGCCUGUGUGAGCAGCAGGAACAGCAGCCUCUCGUUUUUGGCAUUUUCCUGAGCAUGUACCUGCUCACUGUGCUGGGGAACACUGUCAUCAUAUUGGCCAUUGUCUCUGAUCCAUACCUCCACACACCCAUGUACUUCUUCCUGGCCAACUUCUCCCUCACUGAUCUGUGUUUAGCAUCUACCACAGUCCCCAGGAUGCUGGUGAACAUCCAGGCCCAUAGGAAUACCAUCACCUAUGCUGGAUGCCUAUCUCAGAUCUACUUCUUCCUAUGGUCCAUCGGUCUAGAUGUUUUCCUCCUGGCAGUGAUGGCAUAUGACCGGCUUGUGGCUAUCUGUCAUCCCCUUCGCUACACCUUGGUCAUGACUCCCAGAUAUUGUACUGCGCUGUUGGUCAUGUCCCUAACCCUCACUCAGUCAUACUCUCUGACCCACACCAUUCUCCUGGCUCAGUUAUCCUUCUGCACUGACAACAUCAUUCCCCACUUCUUUUGUGAACUUCUCCCCCUGAUGAAGCUCUCUUGUUCCAAUACUUACGCCAACCAGUGUGUGUUGAUGUACUGGGGAGGGGCAUUGACCAUCUUGAUCCCCUUGCUAAUUAUCAUCUCUUAUGUCCGCAUUGUGGCUGCUAUUGUGAGAGUCCCAUCAGCUAGUGGGAAGUGGAAGGCCUUCUCCACCUGUGGCUCUCACCUCUCAGCAGUUUGCUUGUUCUAUGUGUCUGCUAUUGGGGUGUACUUCAUUCCCUCCUCUGCUGAUUCAGCCAGCAAGGACAGGGUUGCAGCAGUGAUGUAUGCUGUGGUGACCCCCAUGCUGAACCCAUUCAUCUAUAGCCUGAGAAACAAAGACAUGAAGAGUGCCUUGGGGAGACUCCUGAGCGGAAGGCUGGAGGCUAUUUUUCCUGUACCGGAAAUUCACUCACUACGACUAGCUGCCAAUCUCCUGAAGUUGCCUCGCCCAGUUGAUGGGCUGCUGACUACAGACACAUUAAGCAGUGAGUUCCUCCUCCUGGGGCUCCCCAUCUGGCCAGAGCAGCAGGGCAUGUUCUUCACCCUGUUCCUGGGCAUGUACCUGACCACAGUGCUGGGGAACCUGCUCAUCAUCCUGCUCAUCAGGCUGGACUCUCGCCUUCACACCCCCAUGUACUUCUUCCUCAGCCACUUGGCCUUCUCUGACAUUUCCCUUUCAUCUGUCACAGUUCCAAAGAUGCUCAUGAACAUGCAGACUCAGCAACAAUCCAUCCCCUAUAUGGGGUGUAUUUCACAGGUGUAUUUCUUUAUAUUUUUUGGUUGCCUUGACAACUUUCUUCUCACAGUGAUGGCAUAUGACAGGUAUGUGGCCAUCUGUCACCCUCUCCACUACACCACCACCAUGAGGGAGGAGCUGUGUAUCAUCCUAGUGGCUGGAUCCUGGUUCUUCUCUUGCAUCCAAGCUCUUUUGCACACCCUCCUCGUGGACCAGUUGUCCUUCUGUGCAGGGACUGUCAUCCCACACUUCUUUUGUGAUCUUGCUGCUGUGCUCAAAUCUUCCUGCUCAGACACCUCUUUCAAUGAGCUGCUUAUCCUCACUGAAGGAGCAUUGAUACUCAUUCUACCAUUGAGUGGUAUCUUGGGUUCACAUAUCCAUAUGGCAGGCAUCGUUCUGAAGGUCCCCUCCUUCAAAAGAGUCUCCAAAGCCUUGUCUACAUGUGGCUCCCAUCUCUUUGUGGUGUGUUUAUACUAUGGGACAAUUGCAGGUGUUUACUUUUUCUCUUCAUCAGGCAACUCCCAAGACAAGGACAUAAUUGCUUCUGUAAUGUACAUGGUGGUCACCCCUAUGCUGAACCCCUGCAUCUACAGCCUGAGGAAUAAGGACAUGAAACAUGCUCUUCAGAAAAUUUUUAGAGUCAAGGACCCUCUUUGGUAUGGUUAA